GGGGGGGGCGAGGGCAGAGCUGAACGAAGGACCAGGGACCUGCAGGGUUUGGGCAGGGUCCUGAGAAGGCGGGGCCGCCGAGGCGGGUUCAGGCAUGCCAGUCUCUGACUGGCUGUGCUGCCCAUCGCUCCGCCCCGUGUGCUAUAAGACGCACCCGCCGCGCGCGCGGGGGCUGCCGCUGCAUCGCUCUCGCGUGCGCGGCGUCGGUCCUCCCCUCGCGGGGGCAGCUGGCCACACCCGCGGACAGACAGCUGCGGGCCGCCGGGGGGCGGGGGAUGCCGGGCUGCCGCAUCAGCGCCUGCGGCCCGGGGGCCCAGGAAGGGACCGCGGAACCGGGGUCCCCGCCGCCGCCGCCCCGGGAGCUCCUGUCGUCCCCUCAGCCCUCGCCCCCGACUCCGACCUUGACUCCGACCCCGGCUCAGGUCUCGCCGCCGGCCUACGCGGCCCCGGCGUGGGCGGGCUCGGCGGAGGGGCAGGAGCUGCAGCGCUGGCGCCAGGGCGCUAACGGAGGCGCGGGGGGCACCGGGCCGGCAGGGGGCGCGGCGGCGGCGGCGGGAGCCGGGGGCCGCGCGCUGGAGCUGGCCGAAGCGCGGCGGCGACUGCUGGAGGUGGAGGGCCACCGGCGCCUGGUGUCGGAGCUGGAGAGCCGUGUGCUGCAGCUGCACCGCGUCUUCCUGGCGGCCGAGCUGCGCCUGGCGCACCGCGCCGAGAGCCUGGGCCGCCUCAGCGGCGGCGUGGCGCAGGCCGAGCUCUACCUGGCGGCGCACGGCUCGCGCCUCAAGAAGGGCCCGCGCCGCGGCCGCCGCGGCCGCCCGCCCGCGCUGCUCGCCUCGGCGUUAGGCCUGGGUGGCUGCGUGCCCUGGGGCGCCGGGCGCCUGCGGCGGGGCCACGGCCCCGAGCCCGACUCGCCCUUCCGCCGAAGCCCGCCCCGCGGCCCCGCCUCCCCCCAGCGCUGACCUCAGCGCCGGGACCCCUGGCCACCCCCGACAGGCCAUCGCCGAGGGGCCGACCGACGGACUGGGACGUCGGCUGGAUGGACGGCGUCACCGACGCGGAUGGAAGGACUGAUGGACCCCAAGAAGAAACAGUCGGGGGGCCAGGGGCCCAGUAAAGGAGGCUGAGCUCCUCCCAGAUCCUCAGAGCCUCCACUCUACCAAUCUGGACUCCUGGAUUCUGCUCCUGCCCCGGGCAUCUCCUUCAGGAAGACGUCCCGCAACCUUACACAACCGAAUUGAUCCCAUACGAUCUUGGCACCGUCCUCCCUUCACAGGGGCCUUGCAUUCAAUGGUAGCAAGGUGCUGGGUUCUGGGGAAGGCGCCUAUACUCUGAAUCUCCUUAUCUAAGCCACAUUUGAUUUUGGCUGACACUGUAUGCUUGGAAAUGUUACGACAGGUCCUCUGAGAUGCAACCAGAUUAUUUAAGAAAGCAGCAAACAUUCCCAAUGUGAAAAUGAAAGGGAUUUCUUUUAAAAUACAGUCGUCGUUCUUAAGUCACAGUGCAGCUGGGGUCCCCAUUUUGGUUGAUGUCAUGGCUUCUCACUCUGACAACGCUGGGAGGCCUAUUUGAGGGGAAACGUUGGUCUGAGAAAUCCCUGUUUCCCUUCCCCACUGUCCUUGUCCUCUCUGACUAGGGUUGUGCCUGUGGCCCCUCAGAAAGAUGAUCAGCUGCUGGCUCCAGGGGGAGGGGCACCUCUUUCUCAGGGAGAGGUGGUAGCAACAUAAAAAUUCAAAGCAAAGUUUUAAAUGAAAAAAGGGAGCAUAUUUAUUCAAAUAUCCUGAUAAUAAAGGGAAAGGGGGGGGGCACAUUUACUCACACACAACCCAGAACUUGUAUUCUGCAAAAUGAAUGUCUAUUGACUCAGUCCCCUGAUUUAUACAUUCAGGAAGAAUAAAUUUCAAUAAUGUGAGACAAAGGCAUGUGAUUUUGAGGUUUACUUUGCAAGUGUCCCUACUGCCUUUCCUUUGUGCGUGUCUCUCAUGACUCUUUAGGUUGGCAGUUCCCUGAGCAGCUUCCGUGUAGUUUUGGUUGGCAGUCUGGCCCUGUUGACUGACUGGCAGACUGCUUCCCCCUUGAUCUGGCUCCAGGCUGCCCCUCUGCACGAAGUCUCCCCCAGUGAAGGAUGUGAUGAGGGAGCUGGGGGAUGGGACUGUGCCCCGAGAAGGUGGCACACACUUGUGAUAACAUGGUGGCGUGCUGAUCCGCGGAGGACUAUGUGUGACUGCUGGUGACGACGGGGGCCUGUGUGUCAGUCAGGGCCCCAGCAGGACACAGGGCACCCUCAAACUGGGAAGAGAUUUCAAAAGGGAUUAUUUCCAAAACGGUGGGCUUAAGAACCGACCAAGGGAUGGUGCAGCUCUCUGGGGCUAGCAAGAGUGGGGAGCCUUUCCCAGGGGGAGGGGUGCGCCUCGACAGGAGCAGUGGCCUCUGGCUGAGAGAUGCAGCCAGCCAUGCAGCCUGGUGGGGAGGGAACAGGCGGAAUAAACACCCCAUUCUCCUCCUUUCCGUCUCCUCUCAUUGGCUGAACGCGACAGGAAGGCUGAGAACAAGGGAGCCAUUGAUGCACAGCCCGCAGAGGUCAGCCUCCCGGGGCUGGAAGCAUGGAGACGGGUGGAAAGCGCGGGACAUGUCGCUGGCCGAGGGCAUGUCUUCUGCUCCCCAAAGUUCACAGCAGUGCCUCUUCUCCCUUUGAGCUCCCCCACCCACCGUGGCCCAUAAGGGGCGGGUGGACUGUGGCUGGGGGAGCCCUGUGGGGUGGGAGGGGUGGGCUUUCCUCCCUCAGCUUUCCCCUCUCUGGCUCUGAUUCCCAGUUCUUGAUUUCUGCCUGUCCUGGCAUCUUUUUUUGUUGUUGUUUUUAAAGAUUUUAUUUAUUUAUUUGACAGAGAGAGAGAGACAGUGAGAGAGGGAACACAAGCAGGGGGAGUGGGAAAGGGAGAAGCAGGCUUCCCGCUGAGCAGGGAGCCCGAUGCGGGGCUCGAUCCCAGGACCCUGGGAUCAUGACCUGAGCCGAAGGCAGACGCUUAACGACUGAGCCACCCAGGCGCCCCUGUCCUGGCAUCUUAAGACGGCUGCAGGAACUGUCCCUGCGAGAACAAUGCCGGCCACUGAGUCACUGUUUUUCUCACACCCAGAAACCCUGCAGCACCCCCAAACACGCCCACAGGCAUACCUGCUGCCACCAUGGGCCUCUGACGUAGUCACCACCAGCCACGGCUGGUGUCGUGUACAUCAAGAAAAUAUACCCUCGCCACACUGCUAUGCCGCCCUAGGCCUCCACAAAAUGGUAAAUGCACAGAAGCACAAAGGGUCGCAUGCCAAAUGUGCCCCGCCACAAACACGUACAGGACACGCAGGGGCCGGAGGGCGCAGGGGUUAACAGGAAUGGCCCUGGAGCCAGCCACACCUGUUCGACCUCUCUGGCACCAGCUUCCUUGUCUGUAAAGUGGAAAUAAUAACCGCUCUUCUCUCAAGGAUGAAGUGAGAGGUAGUGACCGUGAGGACUUGGGCUUAGUGCCUGGCCUGGAGUGAGACUCCAGAAAUGGCAGCCCGGGCUGGGACCUCGUGGCUCACGCUCUCCUACAUCUCACGCCCGUGCGUGUUGCAGACCAGCAGUGGCGAGCGCACACGACUGUGCCAGGCGAGCCAGACACCCUCAGGCACACGUGUCCCCCCAGCCAUGCCUGCUGAGAGCAUGUGCCCAUCAGCAGAUUCCUUCUGCCCAGAAGCUCUUUCCCCAGACAUCGCAGGGCUUGCUAGUCACUGCCUUUGUGUCUUUGUUGGAUCAAAUGUCACCCUUUGGAUGAGGUUCACCCUUUUUUUUUUUUUUAAGAUUUUAUUUAUUUAUUUGAGAGAGAGAGAGAGCAUGAGAGGGGGG